UAGAGGUAUAUGUAAUUCUGUAUUUUGUUUUCAUAUGUUUUAAAGCUUAAGUCAAUGCAAACAGCUGUUCAAAUGUCAAUGAGGAGAAUGGACAUCCUUGCAACUUAGCCUAUAUAUAAAAUAACUAAUAACUUAACAUAACUUAACAUAACUUAAGAGACUGAUUAACCUCCACUGCUUCUGUGUAGCCAGCUGUUCACAACUAAUGUUUUCUGCUAGCACUUUACUUAAAAUGAUGUGGAUUGCAAGCUCUAGAUUUGGAUUUUGUGUUUGGCUGUCAGUUGUGGUUGUUGAGGGUGAGAACGAUGGAGAGGAAAGCACCAUCACGUGCGUAUCGCCAGAUGAGGGCCAAAAGUGUGCGUCAAAGGACAGCAUCAAUCAGCAAAAAACCACUGCAGAGAAAAAGAUUGUUUGCCACAUGUGGGGAUGUUACUCCAGAACAACUAAAGAAGCUCUUGCAUUUGGACCAGGAAAGACAUAUCCAGAGUCUGAGGCACUCAAAAGUCUGCUGGAAGAGGAUACAAGGGGCGCUGCUGUCCUGGAAGCGCCGGCUCUACAGCCUCACCUACGGGUUCACAGAGGAUAGUAUCUUUGACCAGUUCAUCCUGUUUGUGGUGAUACUCAACACUGCCACCCUGGUGGCUCAGACAUUUGAGAACGUCAUUGUGAGGGGAGGAUGGUAUAUGUCAGCCAUGGAUUCAGCUUUCAUGGCAAUCUACCUGAUGGAGUUUGUAUUUAAGUUUAUGGUCUGGGGAUUUUUAUACUUCAAAAACGCAUGGAACAACAUUGACUUCUUCAUUAUCCUAGUUAGCAUGAUUGAUUUCAUACUGCCUUUUGUGGAGUUUGUGGAUUUCUCUGGCCAAGCUUCAGCAGUGUUCCAGAUCCUUAAAAUCUUCAAAGGUAUCCGUGCCAUCCGAGCAUUCCGUGUCCUACGGACCAUCCGCUUCCUUCAAAACCUGCAGUCCAUUGUGGCAACUUGCCUUCGGUCCCUCGCGUCCAUGGGCGCCAUCAUCAUCCUCAUGUUCACCUUCCUCCUCAUGUUUGCCGUCCUCUUCCGCGGGAUGUUCAGUCAGACAGAUCCGUAUCACUUUGGCACCAUGUUUCGUACCAUCUUCACCCUUUUCCAGCUGCUCACGCUGGAUGACUGGUCCUUCACCUACUCCAUCAGUCGGGACAAUGGUAGGGAGACUGUAGCCAGCUGCGUUAAAAAGAAGUCUCUGUAGGACUGGUUUGAACUUUAAAGUGGUUUUCUAUGUUUUGACGUGG